GAAACACUAUACAAUUUCUCACUCUUUGGUUCAGAUCAGUGUCUCUUCUUUUCGGGUCGACCUAAGAAUUCGUUUAAUUCUUCAAGAAUAUAUAUAAAAUUAACUUACGAAUAUGAAAAUUUGCUUUUUUGCGAGCUUUCUGUACUUGGUUUUGCUACUGGUUCUUUCUCAACAUGCAAAAGGUCUGACUUUUAAGCACCUUGGUUGUUUUAAAGACAAUUGGUUUUCCAGGGCACUUCCUGAGUACCUUGGGACAUUUCGCAAUCCCAGCACUUCCUCUAAGCAGUGCGCAAACCUUGUUAUGAAAAAGGGUUACACCACUUUCGCAAUCCAAUCUGGCGGUCAGUGCUGGAGUGGUGUAUCUGCCGAACAUACCUAUAACCGGUACGGGAAAGCUAAGRGGUGCCGCGGCGGUGUCGGGGGAGCAUAUGCGAAUGAUGUUUACCAGUUCCCCUUAUACUUGCUUUUGAAGAAGAUUCGGAGUAAGUUCACAAAGCAAGCGCUUCUAAUCAAGGCUCUUUCACGAAAGGAUAGAUCAUUGACGCGAAGUUUUUACAGUCUGAAAAACCGAAUCAGUCGCUCCCGCGUCUGGUGCUAUUACAAAUACACGAAAUGGGAUUUAUAUGCCGCCGCAUCUAUUCUGUACCUUGACCGACAAUUUGUAAGUUGCCCGUACCCUUACUUCCUGUCUAAUUUUCGCCUCCAAGGGCGUGGCGGCGGAUCACGUGCUCCGGUUCGUUAUCGAUAUCGAUGCUGUAAGUUUAUUCUGUAAAUCUGGCAUAUCAUAGCCAAACCGGAUGGCAAAGAAUACACGGCUAGUAGAAUAGUUAAGAAAAUAAUUGUAAGGGUCAAAUAAAUGAAUCAAUAUUAAAGUGCAUUUAAAACUGAG